CAUCCUCCUCUUUCAAGAUUCGCAGUAGCGCAGAGUUUUCUCACACAGCAAGGUCAGAUUCAUCGCUCCCUCUAUUCUAGACCAACAUUUGCUUCGAUUUUCCCAGGAGGCUAAUACUGUUUCACUUUUGUAUCAUUAAAAUUUCAAGGACAAGUUGUUCUGAUAAGGGAGCAUUACUGGCUGGUGGGGAUCAGGCUUCAAGAAUAUACGAUUUCUUAAAAGAUACAUUUUUUCAGUAAUGCUUGGGCUAAGUAGGAGUUAGGAGAUGCCUCUCCUCAAUUGAAUGGAUAUAUGCCGAUUUGCCUUGCAUAGUUACCCGCUUUUUCUUCCCUCUUUAUCAGUUCUCAUCAAGCCUACAGUUGUAUUGCCAUCGUCCUCAAGCUGCCGUCCUAAACUAGCUAAGUUCGCACAGCUGUCAAUCAUUUACUCGAAACCAACUAUUUAUACUAAAGUGCGCUGUGCCUCCUCCUAUUCUUCAUCAGCAUCAUCGUCAAUGGAAGCCCCUCCCGAAGGUUACAGAAGGAAUGUUGGUAUCUGCCUCAUCAAUGAUUCAAAGAAGAUUUUUGCUGCUUCAAGGUUAGAUGUACCUGAUUCUUGGCAAAUGCCGCAAGGUGGCAUUGAUGAGGGUGAAGAUCCAAGAACUGCAGCCAUCAGGGAAUUAAGAGAAGAGACAGGAGUUCAGUCGGCAGAAAUUCUUGCAGAGACACCUAGUUGGUUAACCUAUGAUUUCCCACCAGAAGUUAGGGCAAAACUUCAGAAACAGUGGGGAUCAGAUUGGAAGGGCCAAGCACAGAAGUGGUUUCUUUUUCGGUUCACUGGGAAGGAUGAAGAAGUCAAUCUUCUAGGUGAUGGCAGUGAAAAACCUGAGUUUGGCGAGUGGUCAUGGAUAACACCAGAACAAGUAGUUGAUCUUGCUGUUGAUUUUAAGAAGCCUGUUUACAAAGAAGUUCUUGCAGUUUUCGCACCCUAUUUUCAAUAAAUGAUAGGUUCUGCAGUGGCAGAAGGCUUGUUCCAACAGGAUAUGAUGUCCAUUUUACUCAUUUCUUGCAGAAAUCAGAAGGCAUGCUCAGAUUUCUUGGACUAGUGAAAUCUGAUUUUGUUUGAUUUAAAUCAUAGAUUUCUCUACAUAACUUAUACUAGUAAUAUUCCUUCAUGCAGAUGUUUUGCCCUUUUUCUCUAA